AUGGAUCAAAAUCCGCCCAUGGAUACUUCAUCAUUACCUGAUCAAUCCCAAUCAGAACAAAAUGAUUCAAUUAGAAUAAAUAAAAAUCGAAAACGUAAAGGUAUUAAUAAUAAUAAUAAUAAUAAUGAAUCAUCAACAAUAAAUAAACGUACAAAAUUAUUUGAUAUGGUUUUUUAUGAUGGUAAUCGUCAUCCAGCAGCUGUUCUUCAUGAACUUCGUCCUGAUAUUUCAUCAGAAAAAUUUUCUUUUGAAUUAGAAGAAAUAUCUCCAAAACAAUCACGUUUUCGUUGUACAUUAACAAUUGAUCAAAAUGUUCCAGAAACAAUUAUUUCCAUUGGAAUUGGUCGAUCAAAACAAUUAGCAAAAAAUAUGGCUGCACAGCAAGCUUUAAUAAAAUUAUAUCCAACAUAUCGUCCACCAGAAAGUGAAAUUUUAACUGAAGAUUAUGAUAUGUAUCAUCAAACACGAUUUAUUACAACACUUCCUCCUUCAUUACAAAAUGAUCCAACAAUAUUAAUUGAUUCUAUUCGAAAACAUUUAACAGUGAAAUCAAUUGCAAUUAAAACUCCAUUACAAUUAUUUAAUGAACUUUUUGUUAAUAAUCAACGUUUAAAUUCAUCAACAUUAACAAAAAAUCGUAUUGAAUUAAUAGAAAAUGAAGAAAAUCUUGUUCUUGUACGUGUUACAGCUAUGGAUCAACAAUUUUGGAGUGUUAGUGCAGCGAAAAAUGUUGCUCAAAAUGAUGCAUGUCAAAAAGCUAUUGAAACAAUAUGUAAUGUUUCUUUUCGUGAUGCUAAAGAUGAAUUUAUUCGUGCUCUCAAUUCAAUGAAUAAAAUAAAACUACCAUCAGAAAUUCUUACAGAUAAUAAUAAUAAUACUGAAUCUGUUGAAGAAGAACAUAUUACAGCCGAAUCAAUAUCUAUUCCAGGUCUCUCAUCUUCAUUUUUACAACCAAACGAAGAAAUUUAA